CGGAUGUGUGAUGUAUGUUAUCUGUGGUCGACGAUCAUCUGUCAUUCACAUAAUAAAGAUGUCGGAGUACAAAGUGUUUUAAUUAUUGAAUUAAUAAAUAACUAUAUUAUAUGGCGCAGUCGAGUGGUAAGAAUUUAAUAAGUAUUAGAAAAUUAAGAUGGAGAUGUUAAAACAGCCGCCGCCGCUGUCGUUAGUGGGCGAUAUUUCGCAAAACUUCAAGCGAUGGGAGCAAAGGUUUUUGCUCUAUUUUAAAGCAUCGGGGGCUGAAGAAAGAUUGGAUGAACAUGGUCAGAAUGCUUUGCUUCUACAUGUUAUUGGAGACGAUGCAUUAGAGGUCUAUAACACAUUUGAGUUUGAAGUGGACAAAAACGGCGAAAAAAAGUUAAAUGUUAAAACAAUACUAGAGAAAUUUAGAAAUUACUGCUCGCCAGCAAAAAAUGAGACGAUGCAAAGGCACUUAUUCUUCACCAGAGAGAAGAAAGAAGGCGAAUCUUUUGGUGAAUUUGUGACAGCUUUGAAAACAUUAAGUUCGGAUUGUAAUUUUGACAAAUUAAAAGACAGCUUAAUAAAAAGUCAGAUAAUUAGAGGCAUUGGAGAUUGCAAACUACAGGAAGCAUUACUUCAGGAUCCGGACCUAGACCUGCACAAAUGUAUCAGAAUUUGCAAAGCGGCAGAAUUAGCCACAGAAAAUGUAAAAAAAAUUACCACUGAGAUGCAGGUAAAUAAUAUAAGCAGAACAACACAUAAAAAUGAAAAUCGAAACUUGGAAAAACCGCAAGAUUUUCGUGAUAGGAAUCAGAAUUUGCCAGAAACUCGGGACAGUCGUCAAGCAGUAAGGAAGCAGUGCAUGAGGUGCGGAUACUACCAUGGUUUUAAAUGCCCUGCAUUUGGCUACCGGUGCAAGAAAUGUAACCGUUAUGGACACUAUGCCAAAAUGUGCAGGACCCCCUCUCAGGUACAUGCUGUAAAUCAGGAUCAGGAUAGUGAUGACUCGGACAUAGUACUAGGUGGUUGAUAGCAAAGAAAAAUCUCCAGCAGUCUUAGGUCAUAAAACAAUAUUUUCGCUGAAACUACUGAAACGUAAGUAUUUGAACCAGAUCACUUUGGGCAAAAAUAGUGACUAUGAACAAUUGAUUAAAGAAAAUUUUGAUCUCUUUGAUGAAAAAUUAGGUUUAUUAAAAGAUGUAGAGUAUGAGAUAAAAUUAAAAGAUAACUAUCAAGCUAAAGUUGAGCCUUGUAGAGGUGUACCCAUGGCAUUACAUGAGUCACUUAAACGAGAAUUAGAUAAGAUGGAAAAACUAAAUGUAAUUCAAAAAAUUUCCGAACCUACAGAUUUUGUCAGCAAUAUAGUAAUUGUAAAAAAACCUGAUGGCAAGCUGAGGGUAUGCCUUGACCCAAGUAAUCUUAAUAAUUGUAUUAGAAGAGAGCAUUUUAAACUACCAACUUUUGAUGAAGUAUCAGCCAAAAUGUCUGGCGCUACAGUGUUCAGUAAGUUAGAUGCCUCAACUGCGUUUUAUUUAAUUAAAUUGAGUGAGAAUAGUUCAAAACUAUGCACAUUUGCGUCUCCUUUUGGUAGAUACUGCUUUUUAAGACUGCCUUAUGGAUUGGCCUCAGCGCCCGAAAUUUUUCAUAGACAAUAUAGUCAGAUAUUUGAACAGGUAGCUGGUUGUGAAGCUUUCAUUGAUGAUCUAAUAAUAUAUGGAAAAACUAAGGCUGAACAUGACAAAAGACUGUUGGAGGUGUUAAAAAUUGCAAAGCAAAAUGGUAUUAAAUUUAAUUUAAAAAAAUGUGAAUUUGGUGUUUCAGAAAUCACAUAUUUGGGGCAUAUAUUAUCAAAACAUGGCAUCAAACCGGACCCAAGAAAGGUACAGGCAAUACUAAACCUAGAGCAACCAAAGAAUGUAGCAGACUUACAACGGGCAAUAGGUAUGAUUACAUAUGUCUCUAAAUUUAUCCCUUCACUGUCAGAAGUUUGUCAUCCAUUAAGAAAAUUAAUUAGAAAAGGUGUAGAUUUUAAUUGGAAUAAGGAACAAGAUGAUUCAUUUAAACAGUUGAAAGAGAUAUUAAGUUCAGAACCGGUAUUGCAAUUUUAUGAUCCUAAUAAACCUUGUAAGCUGUCAGUGGAUGC